AGCGGCGGGCAGAAGUUGUCCUUUAAAGAGAGGAGGCGGAGGAGUCGGAGGCGGCAGAGCGCACGCGAGGGCGCUGUGAAGCCCCCAGAGAGAGAGAGCGAGAGACGCCACAGCGCUGCGGAGGCCACAGACAGAGAGAGGAGGCGGAGGAGGAGGAGGCGAUGCUGCUCCAGGGGAAGGUGGCGCUGGUGAGCGGCGCGGCCCAGGGGCUCGGGAAGGCGUUCACAGAGGCCAUCCUCGCCAGGGGAGGGAAGGUGUCUUUGGUUGACAUCAACCCCAUUGUUGGACAGGCAGCAAAGUCCGAACUGGAUUCUCAAUUUGGAGCAGACAAGAGCAUAUUUCUGCAAUGUGACGUUACCAGUGCCACGGAGCUGCAGGACGCCUUCGACAAGACCAAGAGCCACUUUGGGGCGAUCGACAUCGUCAUCAACAACGCCGGUAUCAACAAUGAAGCCGAGUGGGAGAAGACCUUCAACAUCAACCUGGUGGCCGUAGUGAGGAGCACGUACCUGGCCUUUGAGAUGCUCAGCAAGGGUGGCGUCGUCAUCAACAUCGCGUCGAUGGCAGGCCUGGGCGUCAUCCCGUAUGCGCCGGUAUACUGUGCAUCCAAGCACGGCGUCGUCGGAUUUUCCCGCGCCGUCGCGGGCGCGUGUGAGCUGCAGGGCCGUGGCGUGCGCGUGUGCUGCGUGUGUCCCACCUACGUGGACACGCCGCUUCUGAGCACGGUGGGGAGGGCUGACACCAUGGGGCAGUUUGAGGACCUGAGAGAGGGGAUGGUAAAGACUCUCAUGGACACGCCGAUAAUGCAGCCCUGCUCGGUGGUGGAGGGAGUAAUUCGCCUCCUGGAGGACGACUCGCUGAAUGGCACCGUAAUGUCGGUGACUCCCAAGAAAGGCGCGUACGUACACGCGUUCCCCAGCAGCCUGCUCUGAGAGCCACAGACGUCCAAGAUGCACAACCACUCAACCCGAGACGUCAUCGGCCUUUCGUCCAUCGCGAUACCCAUGGGCCUUCUAAACGUUGCGAGCCCAACGAAUUAUAUUGUCACGUGUAUGUAUGUAUGAUUAACUUUUUUCGCACCAUACGUAGCCAAACGUGCUCACCUGGUGCACAAGUGUUUUUAGUGACGUGCAGGUUAUCGUUUGAGCUCACCGUGGGGGAGUUGGAACGGCGAUUCUCACAGCCAAACUUAGCGAUUAGACAAUGCAAUGUUUGGCUUGAAACGCGUAAAGCAUCUGACAGGUAAGAUCCUGGAAGUCGGAAUGACAAUCACCAGACAAUCUGUAAAAAUCGAAUAUGAAUCAUAUUGGCUGUGAAAAUCUACAAGUUAACUAAAUGUCAAACAUUAUGCAGCACGUAAUAUACCUCAUAUACUGUAUGCUGAAGUGAGACGAUCAGAUCAUGGAGAUGAAUAUGAACUCGAUUCCGUACGUCAGGUUGGGAAGGUCUGCGUGAAUGGAUUGAUCGCAAUAGCCCCUGGAAUAACUCAACAGACUUGUCAACUCAAGACGGGUCAGGGCAGCUGUAUUUUGUACCCAACAGUGGCAGCUCGCAACUUUAAGUCUGGUGGCGGCAAACACCGCCACACUCGGGAAUUUUCCAGUGUUAGAUGACGUAUGCUCGGUGGCUUUCAUUCACAGCUGUAAUGUGAUGACUCCAUUCGGAGUGAGGUCACCAGGUCGGCGCGUGACACGCGGACACGCCGUCACUCACAGUGCCACCGAGACAGAGCCACCCCACACUGAAGCCUGACCCUCACUAUUACCUAUGACCCCCCCCCCCCAUCCACGGUUGUUCACGGGGGUUGUCAGGAUUUGGGGGUUCGCUGAUGUAUUCAAAGCCACAUUCUUUUUUGUUCUGAUUUCGACCGUCUUAUUUGAAUUGUUUCUUCCGUCUCUCGUGCAGUUUUGUUUCGCUGUUGGCCUGAGUAUAACCCAAGCCGACGGUUUGCAUCGGAGACUAAAUAAUCAUUCUUUACCACAAGAUGGGAAUGCUGAUGUUAUGAAUGUAGGAGUCUAUUAACCGUUGCAGCAAUGCAUCUUCUCGUGACUAAUAUUGUUAAUUUCAUGUGUCAUCAUAUUCGUGUCCUAUCAUCGUUCUCAUCAACUCAUCUCAUCACACUAUUUUGCUGUACAAAUAGCUAAUUCUUUGUUCAGCGCCUUAAGCCAAGGUGCUAUAUAAAUAAAAAAUAAUAUCAGAUAACUAGUACA